AUUUCAAACAAAGAAAAAGAAAAAGGAAAUGUGGUGCACAUAAUAAACAUGCAAAACGACGCCGUAGCCGGAACAAAAAGGGAGAGAAAAUAUCAUAAGGCGCGCUCGAGUCGAAGCGCAGCUGAAGAUGGCGGUUGUUAUGUUGGUUAACUACCAUAAACCUCUGGCUAUAACUGUCCAAUCUCAAUCGCAAAACCCUAGCUUCAAUUCCCGCAAAAUUAACCCCAAUCAAUCCCAUGCCUGGAGGGCUCGCCGUCGCCCCAUAAUCAAUGGACUGAAUGGAGACACAGAAUCCGACCCGACCAAUCCACAAGAUAAGGAAGUGGACAAUUUGGGAGUUAAAGCUGCAUUAUGUGUGCUCAAAUUCUACAAAAGGGAAAUCUCACCUCUCUUACUGAAUAGUUGCCGGUAUGUCCCAACCUGCAGUGAGUACUCAAUGCAAGCUUACAAGAAAUAUGGAUUUGCAAAAGGUUCAGUCUUGACAGCUUGGCGAAUCUGUCGUUGUAAUCCCCUUGGUGGCACUGGAUAUGAUCCUCCACGAUGGUUCGAAGAGACAAGUUUGCCUGAAGAAGAAUAGAUGAAUUAUGCUAUAUUCCCUGUAUAAGAUUAAAAGUUCUUUCGUUUGAGAGGGAAAAUUGAACUAAAACUUCGGUACAGGAAUGAAUGCUCUUAACCGCUACAAGCCUUAUGAGACGUUGAGCCGAAAUUACAUUAUUUUAUGGUUCUGCUGCCCCACAACAUGAUUAAAGUCGUUAAGUACCUGUUUAUCAUCCAUAAAAUAUGAUUUGCUCCGACAAUUUAGUACCAGGUUGAAGUAUGUAUUAAGUGGGCAUAAAUUAAUAGUUAGUGGGACUCAUGUACUGGUCCUUCCAAUCCAAUGAUGAAGCAGCUUUGCAUUUGAUCCCAAA